AUGGCGGAGACGGUGCUGAGCAUGGCCAGGUCCAUGCUGGGGAGCGCCGUCAGCAAGGCCGCCGCGGCUGCCUCGGAAGAGAUGAGCCUGCUCAUGGGGGUGCAGAAGGAGAUCUGGUUCAUGAAAGAUGAACUAGAAACUAUGCAAGCGUUUUUGGUAGCCCCUGAAGUAACCAAGAAAAAAGAUAAACUGGUGAAGGUCUGGGCAAAGCAAGUACGAGAUCUGUCAUAUGACAUUGAAGAUUGCCUUGACGAGUUCAAGGUACAUGUCGGGAGCAAAAGCCUAUCACAACAGAUGAUGAAGCUCAAAGACCGCCACCGGAUUGCUGUCCAGAUUCGCAAUCUCAGGGCAAGAGUUGAAGAAGUGAGCAAGAGGAACACACGCUACAACUUAAUCAAGACAGAGGCAUCCAACACCAUGGAUGAGACAGAGUCCUACUUGGAAGAUAUUCGCAACCAUUCUGUGACCAACAUUGAUGAAGCACAGCUUGUUGGCUUUGACAAACCAAAGCAGGAUGUGCUUAAAAAGGUACAAGAAGUUCGUGCCAAUGAUGGACAAGCACGUGUUAUCUCUGUGGUCGGCAUGGGCGGUUUGGGUAAAACUACUCUUGCCAGGAAGAUAUAUGAAAGCAAGGAAGACAUUGCAAAUAACUUCUCUUGUUGUGCAUGGAUCACUGUAUCACAAUCAUUUGUGAAGAAAGAGCUCCUCCAAAAUAUGAUUAGGCAACUGCUGGGUGAAGAAUCGUUGAAGAACUGUUUGAAAGAACUUGAAGGGAAGGGAUUGCAAAUCAAUGACCUUGCAAGCUACCUCACACGGGAGCUAAAGGAUAGAAGGUACUUUGUUGUUCUUGAUGACUUGUGGAGCAUUGAAGCAUGGAACUGGAUUCACGGUAUUGCUUUUCCAAGCACAAAUAACAAAGGCAGUCGGAUCAUAGUAACCACACGUGAUGCUGAUAUAGCAAAUGGAUGCACUUCCGAUGAAUCCUUUGUCUACCAUCUCAAACCCCUAGAGGUAGAUGAUGCCAUACAAUUGCUACUAAGGAAGGCACGGAAGCAUCACAAAGACCUAGAAAACAAUAAGAAUUUGAGGGACACAGUAACACAUCUGGUAGAAAAAUGUGGUUGUUUACCACUGGCUAUUCUCACAGUAGGAGGCAUCCUUGCCAGUAAGAAGAUAGAGGAGUGGGGGAAAUUUUAUAACCAACUCCAUUCGGAGCUUGAGAACAACCCAAGCCUCGAACCUGUGCGAAGGAUAGUAACUCUUAGCUACAGUCAUUUGCCAUCCCAUCUCAAGCCAUGCUUUCUAUACCUAAGCAUUUUUCCUGAGGACUUUGAAAUUAAAAGGAGGCGUCUGGUAGAUAGGUGGAUUGCAGAGGGACUGGUUACUGCCAGGGGUCGAGUAACAGUUGAGGAAGUUGGAGAAAGUUACUUUCAGCAUCUAAUCAGCCGAAGCAUGAUUCUACCAGCAAGAGUAAAUAUCGAAGGAGUUGUUAAGAGCUGCCGUGUUCAUGAUAUCGUGCGUGAUACAAUAAUCUCGAUAUCCAGAGAGGAGAAUUUUGUUUACUUGACAGAAGACAAUGUAGCUGGAGUAGUAGUUGGAGAGAAAUUCCGUCACGUGGCAUACCAUGGCAAGAGCUGCACAAAUGUUGGAGUGGAUUGGAGCUGUGUCCGAUCAUUAACUUCCUUUGGUGAGAGACCAAUGAAGCCCCAACCUUCACUUUGUUCACCGGAGUUGAGGAUGUUAAGAACCUUGGAUUUGAAGGAUGCACAAUUCAAAAUCACUCAGAAUGAUAUCAACAACAUAGGAUUAUUGCACCACUUGAAAUAUAUGAAUGCUCAGUAUGGUGGUCCAAUCAUGAGUCAUUCAAAUAUUUAUGCACUUCCCAGAUCUAUUGGUAAAUUACAGAGUUUACAAGUCCUUGACCUAAGGGGCAGUUGUAUUUCAGGACUACCAACUGAGGUCACUAAACUCCAGAGUCUCCGAAGCCUCCGUUGUCGCAAAAAUACAGUGUUAAAUAGUUUCGACCCCAGGUGGCCAUUGAUAUGCAUGAAAAAUGUAUUGCGCCUGCCCAUAAUGUUCACACCCCUAGUUGAUUCUGAAGACCGCAAUAAAAUGAUUGCUGAGGCACACUUGUUCUUCUCAAGCCCUUUUUCUUAUUCAAGAGUACCAGGUGUGCGGGUGCCAAGAGGAAUCGGCAACCUAAAAGUGCUGCAGAUCCUAGAGGUUGUGGAUCUCAAGGGCACUAGUACGAAAGCAAUUGAAGAGUUGGGUGAACUAAGUCAGCUAAGAAAAUUAAGCGUGACGACAAGAGGGGCAGCAAAGGGAAAAUGCACGGCCUUUUGCAAAGCCCUUGUGAAGCUUGUCUCUCUGCGCUCUGUCCACGUGGAUAGUGAUUUUUAUUUUGGUGAUGGGGGAACACUUGAGUGGCUAGGUUCUCCUCUCUCCCCUCCCCCGCUGCUAAGGAGCCUAAAGUUGAUUGGAAAGCUGCAGGUGACACCCGCUUGGUUUGGGAGUCUUACACAGUUGGUGAAGAUUUACUUACAACACAGCUACCUAAAGGACCUGCAGAUACUUGGGGCACUGCCCCAGCUUAUGCUCGUUCAGCUAAUUGGUAAUGCAUAUACUGGGAAGAAACUAACAUUCAGAACUGGAGCAUUCCCAAGUCUCAGGAAACUUGUUUCUCGAGAAUAUAAAUUGACAAAGAUGAGGUUUGAGGAGGACGCCUCGCCCCACAUGGAAAGCAUACAUAUCGAUCAGUCCCGGCUAAAGUCAGGGAUUAUUGGUAUUAAGCACCUUCCAAGUCUCAAGGAGAUUUCACUUGGUUACUUCUGCGAGGUGGCAGGACUUAAUAUGCUGCAGGCGGAAGUCAACCAACACCCCAAUAAGCCCGUGCUGCGACUGUCGAGGGACCAGAGCCACCAUGACCUGGGGGAUGUCAUCAGAUCCGGUGUUGAAGUGGAAGCAACCGAACCGCAGCCUGAUGACGCCGAAGAGAGCUCCCAAGUGAUCACAACGGCCGACAACAGGCCAAAAUACACUGCAGAGGCAUCCGGGCUGAACACAAAUCUAGCCAAAUGCUCCAUCACACCAAUAUAUGGGGGACAGGAAGCCUUAGACGACAUAGCAUCCAUCCUCGGCUGCCAGCUUCAAGAUUUCCCUAUCAGGAAAUUCCUGUGGGCGGGGACUGAUGCAUCAGUGCGGGGACUGGUUUGCAAACCAACGCAGCUGGGAGGAUUGGGAAUCAGUGACCUCAAGCUAGCCGGAUAUGCCUUACAGACCAGGUGGUUGUGGCUGCAGAGAACAGGCCAUGACCGUGCAUGGUCCAAGCUGCCAAUCCAAACCGCGCCGGAAGUGCUGGCCUUCUUCAGAGCGUCAACCUUCAUCAUCAUCGGUGACGGGACACAGACCCGCUUCUGGGAAGACAGGUGGAUCAGUGGUGAAUCAGUUGCAGAUUUAGCACCUUGCCUAUACCAAUUCGUGCCUAACCGAGUGAGGAGACGGCAAACAGUAAGGCAAGGAUUCACCAACAGAGCAUGGGUUCGCAGCAUCUCUGGAGGUUUAUCGCUGCAAGCUCUCACUGAAUAUCUUCACCUUUGGGGGCACGGGAUCCCGGGUUGUUCUAGUUCAAAAUGUAGCCACUCGUGGAAACUUUAG